AGACAUUUUACACCCACUCCAAACUGGUCUAAACCGGUUGCGCAACAUCCUGCUCUGUUCAUUGCCGUUUUUCUAGAACGUAUUCAUCGACGUUGUAAGGUUCAGACAGAAUGAGGGAGUUAUGGGGAAUAAUAACAGGACGUUGGGUCACACUGUGGAUUAUGGAGCUGAUGAGGAAAAGUGUAUCAGGUGUAAUAAUGAAGAGGAAAAACAAACUGUACGGUGUGAUUCAGGAAGACACUGGAGGAUAAUCUGAUCUAGAUGACACCGAUUCAGGUUAACAAAACUUGUGAUGAACUUUACAUGGGUGGUGUAUACAACUACUCCACAUCAACAAAUUGCGAGGACGCUGAGAUCAGCUGGAAAUUGCAGGAUGGGACUGUGCUGGGCCAUGGAAGAUUUUUGACGCGUGAUUACUGCGAGAGUGGGAUUCGCCAAGUUGUACGGUGUUUUGAUCCAAGUUAUGUGAUGGAAUACACCAUUAAUGUUCUCAACAGCACUACACCAGCCCCUAAGCCAUAUGGAAGCAAUAAUGCGACAGUGACCUCUGGCCUUCCUCGAUUUCAUAUCACCACCAUCUUUGUCGCGACCAUCUUCAUCCUAAUGUCGCUGGUCAUUCUGUUUGUAGUCCUGCGCUACAAAAACCGAAGAGUCGUCGAGAGCGAGUGAAGAUUACGGUUCAACUUCAGAACUUCUGUCCAGUCUGCUUCUGCCUUUUCUACUGUCGCACUUUCCCUACCCUUUUGCAUCUGGGACACUUUUUAAAUCUACAGUAAAAUGAAGUAGUUGCUCUCAGUAAUGAAGCUGAGAGCAUGGCAUUAUAGGGCUCCAGAUAAAAGUGCCAUUUUUAAUAAUGACAAAUUUUUAUACUUCAAACAUUUUUAUACUUUGUAGCAGUAUUUUUUUGUGUAUGAAAAUGUAUUUUCAUACAUAUUACUUGGCAUGUAAAUUACAUCUAUAUUAAGAAUAUAUAUUAUAUUAUAUUUAAGAAACACUGCAUCAAUAACACUGCCUAUAAGCUGUUCAGAAAUUACUGUUAUAACUGUAACACUAUACUUUUUUUUUUUUUUUUUUUUUUUUUUUUUUUAAAAUACAGCCACGUAUUUUAUUUAACCUAACCCUUUAUAUGUUGCACAAAACUUUGUCAGGACCAAAUAACUUUAUAUAUAUAUAUAUAUAUAUAUAUAUAAUUUAUUAUACACAUAUCAAACCUUCAUGCUGGCAUUAAGGAAUGUAUUUAUUUAUUUAAGGAAAUUCCAACUGAUAUGAUGUGCAUGUUUUAUAAGCUCUGAAUGUAGCAUUAAAUCAGGGGUGUCAAACAUGUGGCCUUUUUUCACAGGAUGAGCCCGCUAGAGAUUGUAAUCCAACCCAGCAAAUAACUUUAGAAACCACAAUCUGGACAUUUUUUAAAGCUUAUUUUUAAUGAGUUGCAGAGUGCACAAAAUGUCGAUUUCUGCUAAAUUGGUCAAUAAACAAUUUUUUCUGUUCCAACAGACUAAGUAUAAUCCGAUAUAUACGAUGACUGACACCCCUGAUUUAAAGCAUUAAUUUUUCUUUUCUUUAACGCUGUCAAUUUAUUAGGGUUCUAAAUGUCUAUAAAGCUUCUCUGUGACCUUGCUAAGUGCCUUUCUUUUAUAUAUGUAACCUGAACUGUUGAACUUUAUAUCUACGGUGAAAGUGCAGUGUUCUUUUAGUGAUUAUGUAGCUGUUACUGUAGAAUGAGACAAUCUGAAUAAAAAAACAUUUAUCUGAUUAA